AUGAAGGUGCUACCUGCCUCUGGCCUUGCUGUCCUUAUCACAGCUCUAAAGUUUGCCACCGCAGUCCCCACCCUAUUUGCAGCCACUCCUAGGACCUUCAGGAGCAGCUACCACCUCGCACAGGACUACCUUGACAAGUAUUACACACACAAAGGAGGCCCCCAGGCCGGUGAGAUGGUGGCGAGACAAGGCAACCCCAUGGUCAGGAAGAUUAAGGAGCUGCAAUCUUUCUUUGGCCUCCAAGUCACUGGGAAGUUGGACCCGAGUACCAUGAAUGUGAUCAAGAGGCCUCGCUGUGGCGUCCCUGAUGUGGCCAACUACCGCCUCUUCCCAGGUGAACCCAAAUGGAAAAAAAAUAUUUUGACAUACAGAGUCUCUAAGUACACACCUUCCAUGAGUCCUGCUGAGGUGGACAAGGCUGUGGAGAUGGCCCUGCGUGCCUGGAGCACCGCCGUCCCUCUGAACUUCGUUAGGAUAAACUCUGGGGAAGCAGAUAUCAUGAUAUCUUUUGAAACUGGAGAUCACGGGGAUUCCUACCCAUUUGAUGGGCCUCGAGGGACUCUGGCCCAUGCAUUUGCACCUGGAGAAGGCUUGGGAGGAGACACGCACUUCGACAAUGCUGAGAAGUGGACUAUGGGGAUGAACGGGUUCAAUUUAUUCACCGUCGCUGCUCACGAAUUUGGCCAUGCUCUAGGCCUGGGCCACUCCACAGACCCGUCAGCACUUAUGUACCCAACUUACAAGUACCAGAACCCCUAUAGGUUCCAUCUCCCUAAGGACGACGUGAAAGGAAUUCAAGCACUAUAUGGACCCCGGAAGACAUUCCCAGGAAAGCCCACCAUGCCCCAUAUCCCGCCUCACAAGCCAUCCCUCCCUGACCUCUGUGACUCCAGCUCAUCCUUUGACGCUGUGACGAUGCUGGGAAAGGAGCUUCUGCUCUUCAAGGACAGGAUUUUCUGGAGAAGACAGGUGCACUUGGCAGCAGGAAUUCGGCCCAACACCAUCACCAGCUCCUUCCCCCAGCUCAUGUCCAACGUGGAUGCAGCUUAUGAAGUGCCUGAGCGAGGCCUUGCUUUCUUCUUCAAAGGUCCGCACUAUUGGAUCACACGAGGAUUCCAGAUGCAAGGUCCUCCCCGGACAAUUUAUGACUUCGGGCUGCCAAGGCGUGUGCAGCGAAUAGAUGCUGCGGUUUACCUCAGGAAGCCCCAGAAGACCCUCUUCUUUGUGGGAGAUGAAUACUACAGCUAUGAUGAAAGAAAAAAGAAAAUGGAAAAAGACUAUCCAAAGAACACCGAAGAGGAGUUUUCGGGAGUGAGCGGCCACGUAGACGCUGCUGUGGAGUUAAAUGGCUACAUUUACUUCUUUUCAGGACCCAAAACGUUCAAGUAUGACACGGAGAAGGAAGACGUGGUUAGUGUGGUAAAAUCCAGCUCCUGGAUUGGUUGCUAA